GUACCUUCAGCGAAUUUGUGCAGCAAGCAAAACGACAUGGUGUCCGUCUAUACAUCGCUGACGCUGUGACCUGUGGUCAUGACUCACUUGUGGGCGUCCUGCGGUGUUUACACAUGUCACUCUGAUAGUUUGCGCCAAGUAAGCUUUAUUACCUGCAAGCAUAGCUGCAAAGUUUCAACAAGCUGCAAACAUUCUUCGGUCUCGUCUCACUCGAUACUUGGGGCUGAUCUCGACUACAGGCGUAGCUUUCACCUUUGCAAAAUAUGGCAGAACAAACAGACACCCACCUCUCUCCACAGCCAAAUGGCAAAUUCACAAUCAAUUUUUUCGAGACUGUCAAAGAUGGAAAGGAUGGUGAGAAUAUUUUCUUCUCGCCGGUAAGCAUUCACCUCUCAUUGGCUAUGACAAUGCUGGGUGCCCUUGGCAACACAGCACAGCAGCUGAAAACAGCCUUGCAGCUUCUAGAGAUGGACAGCGGCGAUUUGCAUGAGGAGUUUUGCAAGAUGCUAGAUGUUGUGCGCAGUGCUCGCGAGGGUUCGUCUCUCCACAUAGCAAACAGACACUUUGUGCAGAAUGACUAUAAGUUGCUGAAGACAUUUCAAGAUGCUUCACAGAAGUUCUAUAAAGCCGAUGCAAAGAACGUUGACUUCGCUAGCAAUACUGAAGCUAGCAGACUGGAGAUCAAUAAAUGGGUGGGCGAAGAGACACAGAACUGGAUCACUGACCUCCUGCCAUCGGGCUCACUAAGCUCUCUCACACGGCUUGUUCUUGUCAAUGCUUGCUACUUCAAAGGAGAUUGGAAAUCCAAGUUUAAUGUGCAGCUCACCAAGCCGGAGGUGUUCCACGUGAGCAGUACGCGCAAAGAGAAUGUUCUGAUGAUGAAGCAGCGUGGGAAGUUCAACCUUGGCUUUCAUGCCAUGCACAGCUUCUGGUUCCUUGAGCUGCCUUAUCUCAAUGAAGACCUUAGCAUGUUCCUGGUCGUUCCAACAGAGAUUGAAGGCCUUCAAAAGUUUGAGAAGAAUAUAGACAUGGACCUUCUGAAUCAGAUGGAGAAGCAACUAAUAAUGGAAAACUCUGUGUUCGUCUGCCUGCCUCAGUUCCGCAUCCGUAUGAAUGUUGACCUAGUGAAAACUCUACAAAAGAUGGGUGUAACUGAUCUAUUCAGUGAAAAGUCAUGUGACCUGAAGGGCAUAUGUGAGGAUGAUCUACACGUGGCUAGUGCUGUGCAUGAGUCAUUUAUGCUCGUGGAUGAGGAGGGUACAGAAGCUGCAGCUGCCACCGCGGUCGUCAUGAACCUGAGAUGCGCGCCAAGGCCGCCAAUGGAGGUCAAGGUUGACCGUCCGUUUAUCUUCUACAUCAAGGACAAGAAAUCUGGACAGAUCCUCUUCUUUGGGCGAUAUAACAAGCCGAUGGAGCAUCUGGCCGUUUGUUGUUAGAAGCGAAUGAAGUUUGUCUUGUUAAGGUGGUGGUGCAGGCAUUUGUUGACUAUACUUGGUCUGCAGCUUCCACAUGCUGCGAUUUAAAUUUAUGCCUUGGUACGAAGGCUCGAAUAGUUUAUCGUUUAAAAAUCCAUAAUUCGUUAAGAAGUGAAUAUGAAUAUCACACAUCGAAUUAUUUUGAACGUCGAGAUAUGUAUUUUUCCUGAAUAAAUCGUGUUUUGAUGACUCUUCUUGUCAUGGAAUUAGUUUGAGCUUUCUGUAUACGUUUUCAUUAGUGAUUUAUUUGCAGAAAGAGUUUUGUGUACUGGUUUAUAUAUAUAUAUAUAUAUAUAUAUAUUCUAUUUUAUUGCAGAUGUCAAUUCCGUAUUUACAUUUUGUCGUAUAUUGUACAUCUAUAAUGUCCACGCUGUUCUGUCAAAUUGAAGUGGCUCAUAUUCGAAUACUUACCCAUGCAAAGUACUUUGAAAUAAUUCGGGUUAGUUUAAACUUGUGAGUAUGAAUUUAUUCUAAUAUAAUCAGUUAACCAUUUAUCAUAUAUUUUGAGGCUUAUUAUAGUACUCGUAUUUUUUAUUUUGUUUAAAUGAAAUGGAUUUCUAUUGUAAAUAUUACGAAUAGAAAAUUGUGACUUCUGUCAGCCCUAA